GAUAGCAUACUUAAACUUUCUAAAUAUUAAAUUUUUUCCACCCAAAAUAUUAAUUUUUUUUAAUUUUAUAAUUAAUUUAUGUUUAACUUUAAAACAUGUUUUUCGCAAGGUAAAAUUAAAACUCAGGAUACAAUACAGUUCCCCAAUACCAUAUAUUAUUUCCCGCUUGCAAACGACGCCGUGUUUGGAGUCUCGUGAAAUCUUCCCAGAGAAGCUUUUUGAAAAUAAUGUCAACAAACCGCCAAAUUCGUUCUUCAACAAAAGCAAAAUCCUUUUGAGAUCUCCCACAGAGAGAGAGAGAGAGAGAGAGAGAGAGAGAGAGAGAGAAGCUUCAGUCAAGGUAUUUUCGUUUCUCCUUCAAACAUACAAUCGGAAUUUUCUUUCUUUAUCCUUUAUUCUAUUUGCUUUCCUUGCUAAUUUCUCUUUCUGCCGUUUGUUUCUCGAGAAAAUGCAACUACCUCUCUGCUCGCCCGCGCCAUUCUAAAUUUUCAUCAUUCGUUCGUGAAAACCAAACUGUUCUGUUCGAGAAAUUAGACUAUGUUUCUUCUUCAUUUAUGUAUUGUAUGUGUGUAUUACUGUUUCUUCUCCUUUCUAAUUGUUUCAGUAUUUAAUCUCCUAAUGGUUUAUCUACUGUGUAAUUCGUGGCGUCAUCAGUAUUAUUUUCUGGGAUUCCCACUCCGUGAAUUCGAUUUUUCAAUGUGGUAUUAUAUUUCUGAAGCGCGGUGAUUGGUUGUGUGAUUGUUUCAUCUUCUUCGUUCUUGAGAUGAGCAUUGUUUUUUUUCAUAAGGAGAUAAUGUAGAAGGAAGGGGGAAAAGGAAAUAUGAGUUUAAAGAUGAAUUUUGUGCAUGCAGGUCAGUUCAGAUUUUAUAGGCUGUUUAUUUGUUGGAACUGAUUCUUGUUAAUUAAUGUAGGUGAUGAAAAUUUCUCUUAAGAAACCAUCACCUGAUAGAGUUUAGUUCAUUUUCGUUGUCCAUUACAUUUUACCCCUAGAAAAUUUGGAGGUAAGUGAGGAAAAGAAAAAAGGAAACUUUAUGAUUCUUUUGGGUUGAAUAGUAAUAGGUGGCCUAAGUGUAAAUUUUUAGAAUAAUUUCACUUGGUGAAUCUUGUUUUAUUUAAUGAUGAGUAUUUAUACAAGAGAGAAAAUCCAAGAUGAGGUGGAACUCUAUGUGAGUUAUGGUAGCCAUUUGUUUCUCGGUAUUACCACGGACAAAGCUUUUCAUGCUUGACAAACAAAAGUUGUGCCUUGCUGUUCAAGUGACUUGCUGAACUGAAGGCUAUCAAUCUGUUUCAGCUUUAUGUUGUUUGCUGAUCACAAACUUACCCUGUUCCUUUCUUUCUCUCUAGAGAUGGAAGGCCUUCUUCAGAACAUUCCCAAGGAAGGGUGUAGUAUUGACAGUGUUGAAGCAAAGUAUGUCUCUGGUCUUAGUACAGUACUUGUUGCAACUAUCCAGGAAGCAAAGGAUAGAAUUUCUCAAAUAGAGUACAUUUUCUGUAGUCAGCUCUUCCCCAACUUCCAAUCAAAAUAUAAGGGACUACAGAAAAUUUACUCCGAGGCCCAGAAAGCUGCAGAAGAAGCAUGGAAAGAGAAGGGAAACAAUAUGUUACGCCAAAUAGAAAAGCUUCAACUGGAAAAUCAACAGAUCCUUAAUGAGAACCAGUCUUUAAAGCUGGAGAAGAGAAAGCAACUGGAGGAGCAUGAAGGAAAUACAAAAGACCUAGUAGUCAAACUAAGAAGCCAAGAGAUGAAAAUAGAUGAACUGCAAUGCGAGCUCAAGAAAAAAUCUAAAGAAGUUGAUGACGGAAUGGAGUUGCAGAAUAGACUGCUUCAGAUGGUUAGAGAAAAAGCAUCUGAGUUAGUAUGUAAGAGCAAACAAGCAAAAGAAUAUGAAGAGAAAACAGGUGCACUUAUUGGGAAAGUGAAAAGCCUGGAAGAGAAAAUUGGUGAGCUUCAAGAUGAGCUUAGAGAAAAGACAGAAAAAGCAAGUGAGGGAGAACAAACAAUAGAAAAUCUACUGAAAAAGAUUGAAUUUCUAACAUUAGAGAUUGCAAAUGGUGAACAGCUGCUAAAUGAUCAGGAGAAAGAGAAGAAAAGACUGACGACCAAGUUGGAAUGUUUGGAGGAGGAUGUCAGCAGACUCCAAGAAAAGCUGAAGGAAAAGAUAAAAGCAAUUGAGGGUGGAAAAAAGGUGCAGGAAGAGUUUCUCUUAAAAAUUGAUUCGACUGCAUCUGGAAUGUUAGAGAACAAACAGUGGCUGGAGGAGGAUGACAAACAAAGGAAUCUGCUUCUGUCUAAAGUAAAAUGUUUGGAAGAGAAAGUUAAGGAGCUGAAUGAACAGAUUGAAUUAAAAAACUCUGAAUUACAGAGUGAGACAGAGAAAAAAUUAAAGCAUAUCAAUGCAUAUAAGAGGUUGAAAUCACAAUACAUCUUCCUCCUUGAAAAGUCUGAUCUUACAACUGACAAUAUGCUUCCACAAAGCAAAUUAGAGAAUGGAAGUGAUCCUUCAAAGCGGCACCAAAGUUUAGUUAUUUCACCUGUCUUUGGAAACAAGAAUCAAGAUGCCCCCGUGUCCUUUUGUGGUUCCAAAAAAGUGACUAAUAACUCCACCUUCAAGGACAACCGAGUGGAAGAGAAAAUUAUCAAAACAGUUCCGACAUCUGGCAUUUGCUCUUCUACUUCCAAGUCUUCAGAGGCACCAAAAAGUCUGUCUAAUGGAAAAUCUUCUCCAGCAGCUGGUAGAAAGCGGCUUGCUUCUUCUUGGAGAGAGACAAGGCAUCGUCAGUUGCCAGGUGGUGCAGAUCCUCAUGAUGAUUUUCUUGAUACCCCCUUUGAGAACAUUAAGGAAAACCUAAAAAAAGCCAUGAAAGAAGAUACUAAAGAUCUGGGAGAUACAGUUCCUAAAGAUACCAAGCCUGAUAGUUCUGAUGAUGAAACACAAGACAUGAAUGUUGAUCACAGCCCACAGCAACAUGCAAUUCAAGCUGCAGGUGCCAGAAAAAGAAAUUUCAAGUAUGUAGAACCAGUAAGAAAGAAAGCUGAACGGGAAAUUUUGAAAGGGAUUGACUGCAAGCAGUGCAAGAAAUUCUAUGAUGCUGUUCUUCCAAACAAUGCAAGUAAGGACAAUGAUGGUAAUAAACAAAAUAUCCGCUGUGAGCAUCACGAUGGUGUUUCUAGGCAUCGAUAUAAAUAUAUUCCUCCUAUGACUCCUGAAGGAUUUUGGAAUAUUGGAUUUGAAUCUGAAAUAUGAUUUUCUUAGUGUGAAAAUAUUAUCCAGAUUUGAAUAUCUGUUCACUUUUGGAAAUGAUAAAUAAUAGAAAGUAAUAACCUUUGCACUAAAAGUAAUCGAUUAAAAUGAAGUGUAUCCAGUUAUUUCCUGUAUCGGUACACAAUUGUAUGAUUUAUCUUUGACGGUCAGCCUGUGAACCCACAUUACUUUGGAAUGUGUUACAGGACAGUGAAAGUUCUUAGAUCUUUCCGAUUUUUUUUUUUUGGAUAUUGGUUCUUUGGGAA